AUGUCCGAGAUCCAUCGAAUCAACGAACCGGAGGCUUGGCAAGGGGAAGGGCUCAACCAACUGCCCUUCCAGAUGGACGACGACUGUGGGCCGUGGUGGCAUAACACGAUUGUGGUGCAAAGAGCGGCCUUUUGCGACCAGUUUUGGGAGAACCGCUGCCCAUCUGAGCAGAGGGCGGCUGCGUGGCCGGGGUAUAAUUAA